AUGAACGAUUUGAGUCUAUUGAAACCAUUCAAAUUGUCGUACAAAAAUCAAAUUAUAUUUUUGAAAGAAAGAGAAAAGUUAUUUUCGUCGAAAACAAACGAAAAACCAACAUCAUCAUCAACACCAAAUGAUACAGCAUUAUUAAUUAUAGAUGAAAAUCAACAAGAUGAUGAACAUAAAAAUCAAUCAGCAGAAACAUCAAUAAAUGUAUCAUCUAUCGAAACUAUUAUUACAACUGAAAAUUUAACAGAAAAAUCUCUUCCAGAUCCUUAUUUAUUACCAGUGUUACCGAGUCAAGUCAACGAUGCAAUUAAUCUUAAACAAAUGGAAAAAUUUGAAAAACUUUGCAACUUUCGUUCAAUUAUUAUAGAUGCUGUUUUUCAUGAUUUGAAAACAAAUUAUGGUUUGAUAUAUCCGACACGAGAACAAUAUACAACAAUUGUUAAUGGAAUACUUAAUCAUUUGAAGAUUGAACGUGAUCCAAAAACAUGUAUGUUAAUCAUUCAAGGUACACCUAAUGAAAUUCAACAAAUAGAAGAAAAAGUUGAAACAAUUAAAACAGAUUUACAAAAUAAAUCAAUUGAUGAUCCACAUAUUCAACGGUUGUGGAUUGAAACCUUUGAUUAUCGACAAAAUUUUAUCAAGCAAAACACAACUGUAAAUAUUAUGGGACAAUUUCCUGUUUAUUCAAACCCUUCUAUGAUAUUGGCAGAUAUUGAACUAUUAUCAGGUGUCAAUUUGGAAAAUUCCGUCAAAGAAAAAAUCCAAUUACUUUCAAAUAAAAUUUGUUCCGGUAACAAAUUUCUAUCAGAUGAUCCGGUUGUUCGUUGUUUUAAAAUAUUAUGCAGUAUUCUAAAUGACUCAUGGAAACAUUAUAUUUGUUUUUAUCCUGAAAAACCAGCUACUCCUCAACCAACAAUGGUAAUUGAGGAAAAUGAUAUUAAAAUCUAUGUGGAUUGGACCUUCAUUUGCUCAUCGAAUUCUAUGGAACAAUCAUUGGCUUUAGUUGUUGGUUUAUAUUGUUUGAUGAAUCUUACGUUUCCAACAUAUCGUAGUGCUGUUAGAUUUUUAUAUGUUUAUUUCAUGAAUGACAAGCAACAACAAUCAAAUGUCAUUCGAAAAUUUUGUAAAGUAUACAACAUUCAACUUCAAGAUAAUCCUUCAUCAUCAAAUGCUGCAUUACUGGAAGAAACAAAAAUUAAUGAUAUGUAUUUAAAUGACAGACGUGAAAAUAAUGAAGAACAAAAUAUAUCUUUUGAACUUCAAACGACAACAUCAACUCAACCAACAUCGAUGGAAUCAACAUCACAUGAAUCAACAUCAAUUGAUUCAAUAUCAACAGAAUCAAUAUCAAUGGAACCAAUAUCAAUAGAAUCAACACCAAUGGAACCAAUACCAACUGAACCAACAACAUUUCAACAACGAUCAAAUAGUAAACGCAAAGCAGAAGAAAAACAUGAUCAUGAGCUACUGUCUCUGGAGACAGAUUCAUCGAAACAAAAAAUUACGAGAAAUCUCCGAUCAAAACGACACAAACAAUAA